GGGGUGGCAAAAGACGCCUGUCAGCUGCCUUGUGACCAAGCUGAAGACAUUCAGGUGGUCGACACAGGGAGGAACGGUUGCCUGUUCGUGAUAUCCUUCAAACGGGGGGAUGUUUGUGCUGUGUGGAAAGAAACUUUUCAGAUCGCCUCCGUUUGGGCAGGCGUCAGUUCUGUUCUCGUGGAUGACUUCCUGGGAUGUGGAACGAACCAGAUGCUUCUGCUUUUUAAGGAUCAAGGAGUAGCGAGACAGCCUCUGGAAAAAUUCCUCCUCACUGACCUUUGUGGGAUAUCCUACUCUUGUGGCCAAGACUCUGAAGCACUAAAGACAACCCCAUCUCCACAAGAGAACUAUCACCUCAUGCUUCAAGCUUUGGAAUCCAGGUUACAGAGUGGAUUGAUCGCACUUCAAGAGCUUCAAAGAGAAGUGAGAGUGAAGGACAGAGUCCUGCAGCAGUCUGUUCAUGUCCUCACUGAUGCGCUUUCAGGCAGAGAGACUCUUCUCACCCAGCAUGAGCAGGAAGGCCUUGUUGCUCUGUGGGACGGCGACGACGAGUCAAAYGACAAGACUUCGGAUGACAGGAUGGAAGACUCGCCAGCCGCGUCUUCAAAGCCUCGGAUUGACAAGCUCUGGCAUCGCUUCACAGAGGACCGCAUGGUUGUAGGAGUGAUACUAACUGCUGAGAGUGCCAUACCAGCGACCGGCGUGAGCUUAUCCCUCCUGACAGAGACGGGCCAGAGCCCGAAGCCUGCAGUAAUCCAGACCCAGAGCCAAGCGUUCUGGCUCCCCGCGUGCCGCCCUCCGUCCCCGUCCCCCUCCUCCUCCUCCUCCGCAUCUGCCUUUGCGUUCUCGGCGCCCGCAGCCAAAAGAAGCAGGCAGCGCAUCGCCGGCGAUGAUCUCCACACACGCAGGCUGGCCGUGACGGCGAUGGCCGAGCUGGCACCUCUGCUGACCCCUGGCUGUGUCAAGUGCCGUGUCGUGCUCCAUUACGUGCAGGAGGCAGAUGCUCUGUCCCCUGGGAGCAAACCAACACCAGCCGUGCUGCACUGCGGUCGAGUUUCUGUACCGAUUCAGAACGUUUUCCAAAAACCGCUGCUGAAAACCCCACAAAUCAAAACGGAUGAGGUUAGAGAGGACCUGUUAACUCUACUGACGGUGCUGGAUUGCUGGAUCUUACACAUAGACUGUCCUGAUUACAGUUUGGGGGAUAUAGCUGGCUGGAUCCAGAAGAAAGUGGGUUGUCAGAAGGUUGAAGUGAGUCCUCAGUAUCUGUUACAAGAAUCUGCAGGACCAUCUGCUGUGAUGCUGCUGCACUGGCAUCAAGUAACCCCUUUCCAGGGGGAAUUAUCCAUCUACUCCAGAGAGUUACAAAUGCUCCAGUUCUUGGACUCCCUGCUGACGUUCCUGCCCGCRUCCUGCUCCGUCCGACCUAUCAGAAGCACAGGAAGCCGGAGCGCAGCGCAGAGGUUCGCCUUGGCUCUGGAAGACGAAGUGCUGUCGCUCAGAGAGCGCACGUCAUCUCUGGUGUCGGGGAACGAGGGGCGAGACGGACCCGAGGAGCCCCCGGAGCCCGGCUCUGCAGAGGGGCUGCAGAGGUGYAGAGAGGCGUGGCGGCAGGACGUGGAGAGGAACAGGAAGAAGCUGAGCGCUUCGGUAGAUGUUGGGACGUAUCGUGAGAUGAUGCGAGCCAUUUCUGGUGUCCAGAUGGACACAGAUUUGGCAGCUCUCGUCUACACACAAAGGACACUCUUUGCCUAAAAUGUCACAAGAUUCUAGUAAAAAAUCACAUCACUACAAAUGCUCUUUCUUUUUGGACUCAACAAAAAUAAAAAGACUCUUCCUCUGCACGGA